AUGCAAUUUUCAAGCUUGCCAAAUCGCUUGAGUCGCUGGCAAUGGGCUGGCCUCGCCAGCUUGUUCGUAAUUGCUUUCAUCACGGUCAUUCAAUACCCGGCAUCAACGACUCGCAGCGAUCCGAUCUCAGUAUGGAAAAACGCCGACUCGUCAAAAAUAUCGGGGCCGGUCUCUAAAUUCCAUCUUCUCCUCCCAGCUAGCGGCUAUCACUUUCGACUAUGUCGUGCCCUCGCCUCAGCGACAGCUUUGGGAUAUCCAGUUUCUGUGUUGAACGGCUGGAUGAAGGAGGGUGGCUUGGACGCGUCCAAGACUCAUUUAGCCAAAGUUCGCACUGUCAUGCAAUACCUAGACAGUCUACCCGCUUCUUCCGACGAUGAUCUCGUUCUUAUGAUUGAUGGUUACGAUGUUGUGUUCCAAAUCCCGCCCGACGUUCUUAUCGACCGUUAUUUCGCCAUUACCAAGGCUGCUAGUGCCAAACUUGCUCUGCGAUACGGAGCCAAUUCGACCGAGUCGCUUAAAGGAGAUGAUAUGCCCCAACAGACGAUCCUAUUUGGCCCCGAAAAGGUGUGCUAUCCCGUCGACUGGAGCCGAGUCGGCUGUUGGGCUGUUCCCCAAGAUAUUGGUAUUCCUCAUGGGGCCUUUGGGCCAGAUGAUGGGCAAUUGCAACACAGCCUGCCUCGAUGGCUUAACUCAGGCACCAUCAUGGGCCCAGCCAAAGAUAUGCGACUGAUGUUCGCUGCUACGCUCGAGCGAAUCGCCCAGCACUAUGACCCCAUUCACGAAUUCAGUGACUCUGAUCAGAUGUACAUGAGCGAUGUCUGGGGCGUUCAAGAGUAUGCCCGCUCCAUGGAAGAGCUUCGACAAUAUUUCCACGGUGACAUUGAUCCGAACGUCGCUUUCCCAACUUUCAACGUGGAAAAGGUCCUACCCAACGUCUUGCCAGGCCAAAAGACCGAAUAUCAUAUUGGCAUCGACCACCGAUCGGCGCUCUUCCAAACACGAGCCGGUUCAGAUCAUGUUCUAAGCAUGCUCACAUACAACGAGACAACAGAAGCAAAUGAAACCACGACCUUUGCGACCGUCACUCAAAAUGUUCCGGAGUCUCCCAAUUUCAACCCCUACAAGAUAUACCUCCCGUCAAACCUCGCCUCCUCAAUCACUCGGAUUCUCCGAUUGGUCGAACCCGCCGUCGGUGCUAUACCCAACGUCACCGAGCUCCGUCUCGAAACAAACCUCGUGACGAAGAAUGUCUACGGACUCUUCCACUCUACCGGGGGCAAGGACUACAUUGACAAAUUGUGGACUCAAUUGUGGUUCUUCCCUUAUGUGCGGCCUCUUUUCGAAGCCAUGGUCCCCGCCCUGCAGGCUGGACGGCCGAUUGCGGUCGCAGAUGGCCGCACAUGGGUCCCAUAUCACACGCUUUCUUCGAAUUCUUCCGUUACCCAGGGCGUCAAUGCUACCGGAGCUUGGGCAGAUAUCGAUGGUGGAUGGCUGAGCUGGCAGGAGCUUUGUGGGGCAUUUGAAGCCGAGGUGUUUGAUGGGUAUACACCACCGAUGGACGACUGA